UUGCUCGGAUCUUUUUUCUUCAACUGCACCGCUCGAUUCAUUUCUUCUUUGAUCCCCUCACACUGCUAUUCCGAUAGCCAUACCGGUGAAGGCAUCUAAGCUUACAACUGACCGAGAAAGAGAAAGAUAACAAUAGGAAAAGGGUACGAGAGCUACCUAGGAGCAUGUAAGGAACAAGAAUUGAAGGAUUGAAAAGAUUUAAAAGAUUUAAAAGAUUUAAAAGAUCAAGGAAAUUCAAACUACCGACCCACCAUCCCAUCCAUCCUAUACAUUUCGGCUUCAUCCCUUCCCGUCCGUACUGCAACUCUCUCUCUCUCACUUGACUCGCACUCCUCUUUGAAUAAAGUCAAUCGGUUCAUUCCAUUCAAUAAACAAAUUCGACCAACCAUCCAUCUGUCCAUCUGUCAAUGUAUCUAUCGAUCAAAGCAUCCAUCCGUCAAUCUAUCAAUCAUCUGUCUUACCCAAACAAAAUAUCAUUCAUUGCCUACUUGGGUAUCUAAGGAUCUAAGGACUGAUUACUCGGUGUACUUGGCAAAGAAUUGGGAAUUUGCCUUUUACAGUACUUCCCGGUAUAUAACCUUCCGCCUUUGUACCCCUACGUUCUGAAGCCUUCCUCAGCAAAACCAUCAAUCCAAUCACCCAUUUUCCCCUUGCCCGUUCCCGCAAAGCAAAGGAGUAGGGCAAAGCAGAGCAAAGCAGAGCAAAGCAAACAGGAUCCACAUUCUCCAGCAAGAAAGUUCCCUUGACCCCCGACCACCCACGCGUACUUUCGCACCUUCUGCCCACCGACCGAAAAUUCCAAGCUUCUCUCGUUUCGCUCCAUCACUCACAUCCCGUCCAUCAUCUUCCGUGAAGGAAGUUCAAAAGAUACGAGAACUCAACAAACUACUUAUUAGCACAACACAAUACAACACUCACUCCGAGAGGUACCUCACUUGUAUACUCUCAACAACAUCAAUACGCGGGUAUCAAAUCAAUUUUAUCAAGACCAGCAUCAACAAAUAUAACCGUCCCAAGUUUCGAUCAACAGUCAACAUCAAUCAAUCAACCAACCAACUAACUACUACCUGGACCAAUUAUCCCGAAGAUCAAGAUAACCACCAUCACAAUAAUUCAUUAUUCCUUGCCGAGAAUUCCACAAAGAUUAAAAAAGUAAAGAUAUCAAAUAAUUAUAUUCAUUAUUUCAAAUCUUUUCUCAACUUUUCUUCAACUUCUUCCCACAAAUCAGUCAAGAAAUCCCUUCUAUUACACCCAUUCUUCCUUUUAAUUGUCCAAUCGUUUAUGUCAAAGUUACUUUGUAUUCCUUGACCCGGAACCUCGCAUUGCAUCUGCGGCAUUCGCUUCGGAGUCACACCAGAAGGUACUUAUUACAGCGUGGACCAUUACAGCGUGGAAGGGCUACCAAAACACCCUCCCACCAAAUCUGCAGCGACCCAGCCAUCCCUCCAAUAUCUCUCUCCCGUAUGAGAAAGUAACUUGAUUUUCUUAAAAUCUUUCUAGACCAUUUUAAGAAAUAAUAAAUUCCUUCUACCAACAAGUUAAGGGUCUCAACGAGGACCCCCCCAACCGCAAACAUUCCCUCACCUCACUCUCUCGCCGCGAUACUCUCGCCUUCUGCACCACCUGAUUUGGAAUCGGCAGUUGGUGUUUCGCGAUCUUCUAGUCCAAAACGUUCACACGCCGAAGCUUUCUCGACGACUGAUCCAACUUAUCUACAUCCCGCUUCACCUAAACAACAUCGGUCCAAUAUAACUUCUGCCGGAGCUGCCAGCCCCGGCGCAUUAGGCGCCAGCGGCUUAGGGGCUGACGAUGGUAGUGGUGGUGGUCGAGGUGGGAUAGAGGAGAAGAAGCCGACAAAAAGUGAGUUUAUCGUGAGCUGAUCUUCCCACAAAUCAUAUGGUCAUGCUGACAUGUUCUGUGUAAAGUGGUACGAUCUAGUAUAGCCUGCGCACGAUGUAGAAGGAGCAAGGUGAAGUGUAAGUAAGAUAAACUUCAACCUCAAAGGCUUUGACUAAUUCCAAGCUCAGGUGUCAAUAAUGGUGUCAAUUCCAUAUGUAGGGCUUGUGAAUCCUCAAACCGAGAGUGUACAUAUCCAAGCGCGGCGGCUUCUACGCCCAAGAGAGCCGAUCCACCCAUGGGAAUAAAGGUUGAAGGGGAAAGCGAUAGUAAGAAGCGAGUUCGAAAGCAUGAAGAUUCUGGUCGCAGGAAUAGUCAACGACAAGGGGAGGACCCGUUGGAGGCCACAAUACUGACAAGGAAGGUGUGGGAUGAGGUCUAUGAUAUAUUCAAGCUAAACUUCUCAACCGAGAUGCCUUUCCUGCACCCUCCAUCCUUUCGAAAUCGCAUGCGCCAAGCAUCUCACCCACGAGACCUUUCCACACUCGCCGACGUUCCCGCUUUCCAAGAUGCUAAGAUUUUAUUGUUAGGUGUACUUACACUUACCGCCCGAUUCCAUCCCGAAUUAGUCGCAUACCACGCACCAGCGAAUUCCCCUCGGCCCAAUGACCCAUUGGCUGCAAGCGAUUACUAUGCCACCGCUUUAACCUCGACCAUUUUCGGAGCUGGAGGCCGGGAUCUAAGCACUCCUACAACUGAACGGAUCCAGGCGCUCUUGAUGCUUGGUCUUUACGAGUGGGGUCAAACUAGAGGCCUUAGCGCUUGGGUCUACGUUGGCAUUGCGACUAGGCUAGCACAAGCAAUGGGUCUACCUUACGAGGAUGAUCCAUCAGCUAGAACUUUCAAGUCUGAGACCGUAGUCACCGCUAGUUCAUACAGACCUGAGGUGAACAAGCAUCCAGCACGUGAUACUGCGAUUGAGAAGGAAGUGAGAAGACGUACCUUUUGGAGCUGUUUUAUCAUGGAUCGUAUGCUUUCCGCUGGAAAGGCCAGACCUACUAUGGUUGAGUCUGAGACUCUGCGAGUGCAAUUACCAUGUUCUGAUGAUCAAUUCUUAUUCACUCAAUCUGUCCAAACAGGUUACUUGAAUCGAGAUUUCGAGAAAGUUACCAUGACCGAUUCUAAAGUUCAAGAAGGUGGUGUGCUCAGCAGGUAUUGUCGUCUGGUGGAAAUUUGGGGUAAACUUUCGAAGUGGAGUCUUCACGGAGGUCGCCGAACAGAAACUUUACCUCCAUGGGAUGAAUCCACACAGUUCUAUAAACUUUCCCAUGAAUUGGAAGAAUUCUACAGUGGUUUACCAGAGAAUCUUAUCUUUUCUGAGGACAACUUGAAUGCACAUUUGGAAAAACGAAAUGCGACCACAUAUGCAAGUUUGCAUACGCUCGUAUCUCUCUGUCGCAUCAUGCUUCACAGGGAAUAUAUACCUUUCAUCCCUCUUCGGGCCGAUAAACCUUCUGGUCCGUUGGACGAACCAACAUUCCCAAAAGAUAAAUUCGAUAUACCGGAAGGAUUUUGGGAACAGAGUGCCGAUUCACUUUUCUCAUCGGCAAGGGACAUUGUCGAUAUCAUGAGGACUUGCCAGGACAAUAACGCUUUGCCCGAAUCACCAUUGUUUGUUUUCGCCCUUUUCCAUGCAGCGUUUACCGGUGUUUACUCUGUCCAUUUCCCACAAAUGGAUCCAAAUGAUUAUAUGGGUGAAAGUCGAUCCGCCUUACCUAUCAAGAUCCUAAAAGAUAUGGUUCCGAGGUUGACAAUGGCAAGAGCUUACCACAAAAGGAUUGAGCAGAUGAUGAAAUACUACAAGGUGGUAAAGAAUGAAUUUAAGAGGUAUAAGAAAGAUGUUUCAUGGAAAGGUGGUGGAUUGGAUGAGUGGAAGGGAUUUGAAAAAGAUUUGAAGGAAUUUGGUAGCCUUGAAGAUACCGCCGGAGGUGACUCUCAUUCCGAUGAUUAUCCAAACAACCGCUCUCGAUGUAGUACUAGCGACCUUGGUUCUACUACUACUAACCCUAAUCCUAAUGGCGAGCCUAUGCAAGGUGUUGAAGGAACAGGAUCAAGACCACCUUCUAAUUGGGCACCUAUCAAUGCCUCAAGCAACACCAUUAUGGAGAUGCAACAAAAUCCUGGCGCGCAAUAUAUACCAAACGGAGCUUAUCAACCAAGUCCUAAUCAAGAUUCCAAUCCACCUAGCUUGAUUAGUCCAGGAAAUGGCGAGUCAGCAUCAAGUAUUAACUCACCUUAUAGUAAUCAAGGACAGGCUCAAAAUUAUAAUCAACUUCAACAAAUGGGUCAUUAUCAUCCUCCAAUGACUCACCAACCUCAUAAUAUGGCACCACCAGGUACUCAAACUGGAUGGAAUAGAGAUUCAGCUGCUUCAAUCUUACCUUUCGAUGCAUGGAUUGAUGACUUGGAAAGUAUUUCAAUGAAUACUCAUAACAUGGAAAACUUUACACAAUCAUUCGGUGAUGCAGGUCAACCAUGGAAUGCUACACAAUUUGGAGCACCAUCUCAAAAUACUUGGGUUCAAGUUAUUGACAGACAUCCUGGUAAUUGGAAUUAAGGAUUUAUGUUGAAGUUAAAUUGAAGUCUUGGAGAUUGCAUUCAAAGAUGAUAAAUUGAUGAAAAUAAAUCAUCAAUAUUUUUUAUCUUGAAAGAAUUGAAGAGUGGGAGUUUAAAUGGAAUGAUUCAAUUUCAAUUCAUUCAUUGGGUCAGGUGGGAUAUCAGGGGGGCUCUACAUGAUUGUGUUGAGCAUCGACAAAAUUACUCGUCAAGCUUUGAUUUUUGUUAUUUUGAUUUUGGGUUAUCUUGGAGCAUGUUAUGACAAUGAUAAUGAUAGCUUUUGUUCAAGUUAUCUUUUUCUCUUCUGGAUUUUGUUGUGGGCGUGGGAUAUGGGAGUAGGGAUAUGGAUGGGAAGGGAAGGUAAGUGAGAAGGAAAGAUGAGGUGGGAAAUUUGGGAAAUAGGGCAUAAAUGACUCUUGUUGUUGCGUUGCGUUGGGUGGGCUAGGCUAUGGUGUUUAUUAAUAUGUCCUUUUUUUCAAUAUUUAUCUAUAUAUGUAGUUAGGGAGGAGGUAUGAUAGGUGGAAAGGUAGGUUGUGGAUGGGUGAAUGGGUGAAGAGGAAGGCAAACGGGGAGAUAGGAAGGGAAAGCUGGAGAUGGGAGGGCAAGG